GCGACUUCGGACGGGUUAUGACCUAAGAUGGCGGCGCCCUGCGCUUUUGAGCCUUGGCUUGAGAGUCGUCUCGAGGCCCUUGGAUUAGAUGGAGAUGUGUACGGUGGAUAUAUACGAGGAGUAUUGCGGGAAGCGGAGUGCGAUGCAGAGCGGUUGGAAGGGCUGGCAGGGGCCUUGGCUGCUGGGGAAUCGGAUGAAGAUGUAUUACAAGAAGUUUGUAAAGAAAUAAUUAAAAAAUGGUCAGAGGCACAAUAUGUUGAAAUCAGUGAGAAGAAAGAAGAUGAGAUCCAAGCCAUCACGAACAUAAUUGAAAAGCAAGCACAAAUUGUUGUGAAACCUAAAGAGAUCUUGAAGGAGGAUACACUUCAGAAAGCUGCUCUCCUGGCACAAUAUGCUGAAGUGACAGAUGAUGAGGAUGAAGUAAAUGUACAUGAAGAUUUGGGAGCAGCAGCAAUGCCUAUUGCUUCUAACAAAUCUUUGUUCAAAAAUACAAACCUGGAAGACGUUAUGAAUGCUCGUAAGCUGGAGAGAGAACAUCUACGGGAUGAAUCCCAGCGAAAGAAAGAACGGGACAAAGUCCAGCGGGAGAAAGACAAAUUGACUAAGCAAGAACGCAAGGAGAAAGAGAAGAAGAGGACACAAAAAGGCGAGAGGAAACGGUAGCUAAUAACAGCUGCUGGACUUUCUUCCCCUCCAUUAUCUAAAAGAUAGCACAGCAUGCAUGUUCAGAGUGAUCAAGCAGAUAAGCUUUGAACAUUUUUCUUUGUUUUUCCAAAGCAGCAGCAUGUACUUGGCAAGGUUUGCAGGGAGAGGGGAUGUUUU